AUGGCUUCUUCACACACCGGGGCGAAAGACCCCCUUGCCGGCAUGGCGCACUCCGAGGCGCAUUACUUCAACAGCUACAACCACCAUGGUAUCCACGAGGAGAUGCUGAAAGAUGAGGUCCGAACGAGGAGUUACCGCGACGCAAUUUACCAGAACGGCCACCUCUUCAAGGACAAGGUCGUCCUCGAUGUCGGAUGCGGUACAUCCAUCCUGAGCAUGUUCGCUGUGCGUGCGGGCGCCAAACAUGUCAUCGGCGUCGACAUGUCCACCAUCAUCGACAAGGCGAAGGAGAUCGUUGAGCGCAACGGCAUGAGCGACAAGAUCACGCUGCUGCAGGGCAAGAUGGAGGAGGUCGUUCUGCCCUUUGACAAGGUGGACAUCAUCAUCUCCGAGUGGAUGGGAUACUUCCUCCUCUACGAGUCCAUGCUGGACACCGUGCUGUACGCGCGCGACAAGUACCUCGUCAAGGACGGCUUGAUUUUCCCCGACAAGGCAACCAUCUUCAUGGCUGGUAUUGAGGACGGAGAGUACAAAGACGAGAAGAUUGGCUUCUGGGAUAACGUCUGGGGCUUCGAUUACACCCCUCUCAAGGCCACCGCCAUGACCGAGCCCCUCGUCGACACCGUAGACAUGAAGUAUGUCGUCACCGACCCCGCUAGCGUUCUGACCCUCGACCUGUACACAUGCACCGUAGACGACCUCUCUUUCAAGCUCCCAUAUGAGCUCAACGUCCGCCGCUCCGACUUCAUCCACGCUAUCAUCGCCUGGUUCGACAUCGAAUUCUCUGCCUGUCACAAGCCCAUCAAGUUCUCCACCGGCCCUCACACCAAGUACACGCACUGGAAACAGACUGUGUUCUACCUGCAAGACGUUCUGACCGUCGAGGAGGGCGAGAAGAUUGUCGGUGAGCUCGAGAACAGGCCGAGCGAGAAGAACCACAGGGAUCUGGACAUUACCAUUACGUACAAGCUGAACACAGAAGAUAUGCACAGGCAGUCGGCCGGUCAGGGCACGUACAAGAUGUGCUAG